CAAAUCGAAAACCUAAAUGUAAUACUCCCGGUUCUCAAUUUCACAUCGUCGUCAGAGAAAUAAACUUUUUGAGAGAGGUUUAAGACAAAGCAGCAGCUAGGGUUUUAUCUCGAAUCGAACUUCCUCUGCCUCAAGUUUAUUCCUUUAGGCUUUGCAGACACUUACAGAGAAGAACUGAAGAUGAGUUCCAAUGUUUCCGUGUCGCCCACAAGCCUCAUCGAUCAUAUUGUUGUUCCAGGUGAUGUUGUUAUUGAUUUGUCAAACAUGACUAACCAGACUAUCAAGCUCGGGAGUGGCCUCCGUCAGGAUAAUGAUGCUAUCUCUGCAAUGAGAGCUGGGAAGUUUAGUUACUCCAAGCCUAAUAAGUAUUGGGUUGAAAGUUCUCAUAAACGGUACAUUCCUCGCACUGAGGAUCAUGUUCUUGGAAUUGUGGUUGAUUAUAAAGCUGAUAAUUUUUGGGUGGACAUAAAAGGACCUCAACUAGCGCUUUUGCCAGGUCUUGCAUUCGAAGGAGCAACACGAAGAAGUAUUCCCAAGUUUGAGGUAGGCUCUCUGCUUUAUCUUCGAGUUGUUAAGACCAACAUAGGAAUGAAUCCCGAGCUGUCUGGUACCGACGCAAGUGGCAAAGCUUCAGUAUUUGGACCGUUAAAAGAUGGUUUCAUGUUUGAAACUUCAACUGGUCUUUCAAGAAUGUUGUUGAGUUCACCAACGUGCCCAGUCCUUGAAGCUCUUGGAAAGAAACUCUCAUUCGAGAUCGCCACUGGCUUAAACGGCAGAGUGUGGGUAAACGCAGCUGCUCCACGUUCAGUGAUUAUAGUGGCCAACGCGAUAAUGAACUCAGAAACCUUAAGCGCCACCCAGCAGAGAAUCAUGGUUGAGAAAUUACUUGCAAAAAUUUCAGACUAAAAUGUUGACAAUAAGAAGUUUAAUGUUCCUUACAAUGUAACUGUACCUUGGAUGCUUUUUCAGCAGAUAUUAUUGAAUUGGGGCUAUCAAUGUGUUAACUGUUUC